UUAAUGAUAAGGUUUUCUUAUUUAUGGAUUAUUACUUUUAAUUUUUUAAAGAUUAUUUUAUUACGUUAUGCAUAUGCGCCUCUUCUAAUUUUUGAAUUUGCUUUGGGGACUUUGAUUUCAUCCAAUGAAGAAUAUAAGGCACAAUAUGUUGGUUUUUCAAGUUUUCUUUGCUUACCACUUGAAGAAAGAUUUGAAAUUCCCAAAAAUAGUUUCUUAACCAAAGAAGUUGUUGAGAAAGUUACAAUCAAAUUGGUUCGUUUUCUUGGCAACUUAGAGCUCAACAAAGAAGAAUUUGUUUUAUUUAAAUUAUUCUUCACUUUUGGACUUUAUUCUGUUGUCUUAAAUGAUGUUGAACGUGAAAAGUUGUCCGACAACGGGGAAAUAUUUGUUGAAAAAUUUUAUGAUUGUGCCAUUAAUUUAAUGCAUAAUUAUUCUUCUACAAAAGCUCUGAAAUUUUUUACAAAAUUUCAACCCGAAUUAUUGGUAUUACUUUUUUUAUAA